AUGAUUGGAAGGUGGAGGCAUGUCAUCCACAUCCACUUCCUGCCUGGGAAGAACUUUGCCAUUGCCUACUUCAGGGGCAAAAUGAACUAUUGGUACUCCCAGAUUAUGAUGCUCAUGGGUGCGUUCCAGAUCCUUCUGUGUUUGAGCAUGGACUCCUGGGCACAGGCAUGGACCAGUUCUCAUAUGACCAACCCUGGUAUCAGAAGUUCACCUCUACUGCUGACCCAGCCAGUCCCUGGCUACUCCCUUCCCCCAUUGCCCACUGUGCGGCUGGGUCUGCUGUCUGUGGUUCGAGCCAUGUUGCCUCCUCUGACUCCUGCCCAUGCUGAGCAGCUUUUAGGAAAGUGGUACAUAAAGUGCUGGGCAGGAGACAUGCCUACUCCUGAAUGGAAGUGGAGAGACCCGCUGCCUCCCUUCACCUUUGAAAGAAACAAUCUUGAGGAGCUGGAGUUCAGGAUGAGCCUGACGAAACCCAUUGGCUGCAUUCAGUUCAAGCUGACUCUCUAUGAGGGAGAGGACCUUGGCACAUUCCUCACCUGGUGGAGGCAUGCCAUCCACAUCCACUUCCUGCCUGGGAAGAACUUUGCCAUUGCCUACUUCAGGGGCAAAAUGAACUAUCGGUACUACCAGAUCAUGAUGCUCAUGGACUGCACCCUGAAUCCAAACAUAGAGUCUCUGAGGAUUUUCAAGGAGUUUAUGAGGAGUAAAAUGGGGCAAACGGUCAAGACCAAGAAGCCUCCCCAUGCUGAAGCCUGUGACCUGCCGAGAGAUUCCUAG